GAGAGGCAUGAUGGGAUGGUGUUGGAGAGGCAUUUGAUGGUCACCAACACUCCUGACCUGUUCAGUCCUGCUCUCUCUCCUGAAGAACAAGACGUGAGGAGACGCUUCCAUCUGUCUCAUCCUGAGCCUCAUGCCCUGUUACUAGUGCUGAAGUCUGGCACAUUUACAGAGCAGGACAGAGAUGCUCUCAAGCUCAUUAAUGUCACUUUUGGUGAAGGAGCAUCUGAGUAUGUGAUUGUGGUCUUCAUGCAUGAGGAGCAGGAGUAUGUGAGCGCUAAAGACUCUGAAUCAGUAAAGUCUCUGCUGAAGACCAGCAGACGUCCACACCAUCAUCUACAGAGGAAUGGAGACCAAUCUCAAGUGCAGAAACUUCUGGAGAGCAUCGAGAAGAUGGUGGAGGAAAAUGGAGGCCAUCAGCUGAAGACUCCUGAAGACCCAAGACCGUUCCUGAUGAAAGAAGACACAGUUUGCCAAACAACAAACAAGAUACAUAAGGGUAAACCUUUACCUCCAAGCUUGGAGUGUGUGAGGAUUGUCCUGAUUGGAAAAACUGGAGUGGGAAAGAGUACCACUGGAAACACCAUCCUGGGACGUCAUGAGUUUCAGUCAAAAACCAGCAUGAAAUCUGUGACCAAGACAUGCCAAAGAGAGACUGGAGACGCCUGUGGUCGACCUGUGACUGUGGUGGACACACCAGGACUCUUCGACACGACUCUCAGUAAUGAAGAGAUCCAGCAGGAGAUCAUGAGAUGCAUUGAACUCUCGGCUCCUGGACCGCAUGUGUUUCUGCUGGUCAUCGCUGUCGGCCCAAUCACACAAGAAGAGAGAGAAACCCUUCAGCUCAUCAAGAUGACCUUCGGACAGAAAGCAGAGACCUACACUAUGGUGCUGUUCACACGAGGAGACAAUCUAACAGAUGAAAGCAUUGAAGACUUCAUUAAAGAAGGAGAUCCACACGUCCAGAAACUUAUAAAUGACUGUGGAGGAAGAUUUCAUGUGUUCAAUAAUAAACAGAAGGAUCCUGCUCAGGUCGUGAAUCUGUUAAAGAAGAUUGAUAAGAUGAUGUGGGAUAAUGACCCCAACUUCUAUAAUGACAAAAUGUUUCAGGAGGCCGAGAGAGCAUUCAGACUCAUGCAGAUCAAUAGAGAGAGAGAAGAGGAGGUCAGACAAGAAAUCGAGGCCAUUAAAGCUAAAUAUGAGUCUGAAAUCAAAGAAAUUCAAGACCAACUAGAAGAGGAAAAAACAAAAGGAAAAGUUAGAGAAUUUCUGUUUGUGGAGAGAGAGUUCACACUGUUGAGACAAAAGAGAGAAAACACAGCGACAACAAACACUGAACAAACCCAUGUCGAGAGAAAGUAUGAUGAUCAGAUUGAAAAGCAGGAAAAUCAGCUUACAGGAACAACAGAUCUGGAUAGAGAGAUACCUAAACCUGGAAGAGAAUCUGACCAAGAUCGUAAGAAACAUGUUAAAAAAUGGUUGGAAUCCUUAAAAAGAGGCAUAAAGCUAAGGAAAAAGAUUGAGAGGACAGAAGAAUGUAAAACAAAAGAAGCAGCAAGUGGAGAAGAGAAUGUAGAAAAGAUAAAAGAUAGAGUCACAGACCAACAGAGCAGUGAGGAUUUACCUAAAACCUCUGAAGAUGAGAGAAACGCAGAGAAAGAACAACUAAAUCAGCAUUAUAAAGAAAUGGAAGAAUGCAGGCAGAAGAUGGAUGAGGCCAUGAGGAGAUACAAAGAGACGGCUGAUAUGUAUGCCGCAGAACGCAUGAGAAUUGAAGUCAGAAAUGUUCAAAUCAUUGACAGCUGGGAGAAGGACCAUGGAAAAUCCUGUGCCCUUCAAUAA